AUGCCAAUCAAUAUACUUCCCAAAGUCCUGUUCUUCGACGUAUUCGGAACCGUUGUGGAAUGGUGCCCGUCCGUCACAAGAGAGUUGAAAGACGCCGCUGAGCGCGCCCUUCAUGAUCCCGGCAAGCCUAUUCCUCCAGACGAACGCGCACGGGUCUCACAGAUGACCUUCACAGACUGGCUCUCAGUUGCGGAAGAUUGGCGACAGUCCUAUGGACAGUUUACUGCCAAGUUUGACCCUUCCCAAGGCUUCGUUUCGGUCGAUCAGCACCAUUAUACUGCUCUGUCCACGCUACUCAAGCAACGGAAGAUCGAGAACCUCUUCACAGAUAGCGAGAAGUGGGAUCUGUCGCUCUGCUGGCACCGGCUUGUUCCGUGGCCUGACAGCGUGCGAGGCCUGGAACUGUUGAGCCGGAGGUUCCGCACGUGCACUCUGUCAAACGGCAACGUCUCUUUACUAGAGGAUCUCCAGCGCUAUGGCUCCUUGCCUUUCACGGAUAUAGCCAGCGCAGAGAAUUUUGGGGCGUAUAAACCCUCUCCUCAGGUAUAUCGUGGGGCAGCCGCCCGCUUCGAUCUAGACCCCAGUCACUGCGCCCUGGUGGCAGCCCAUCUCUCAGACCUGAAGGCCGCCAAAGCACAAGGUUUUCAGACAAUAUACGUUGCGCGUUCUAAAGAAGAGACAGAAGAUUUAUCUCAGGCAAAGCAAGAGGGAUAUGUGGAUCUUUGGAUCGAGCUGAACACAGGUGGUUUCGUUGAGGUUGCACGGCAACUUGGCAUUCAAGUGGCAGUUAAGUGA